AUGUCUGGGGAAUCAAGAUCCGAGCUCCUCCUCUGGUUAAACAGCUUGUUGGAUCUCAGCUACACAAAGGUAGAGCAAUGCGGGUCGGGCGCUGCCUACUGUCAGAUUUUUGACUCUGUGUUCCAAGACGUGCCGAUGACGAAGGUCAAAUUCAACGCGGCAAACGAGUACCAGUACCAAUCCAACUACAAAGUGUUGCAGUCGGCGUUCUUAAAGCACCGUGUGGAAAAGACGAUUCUUGUUGACAAGUUGGUAAAGUGCCGAUUCCAGGACAACUUGGAGUUCUUGCAAUGGAUGAAGAAGUUCUGGAUGGACAACAAAGACGAAUCGGAGUACGAUCCGAAUGCAAGAAGAAACUACACCCCGCCGGCCGCGGGGACUCGAAGUUCAGCAAUUGCCGCAAAGCCCGCCUCAAAAGUCGGGGGUUCGUCUGCUCGUGGUCUUGUGAGCAGAUCUACGCCUACGGUCCCGCCUUCUCUGCGUACUGCUAGUAGCUUGCAGCAGUACCAGCAGAAGCAGGAGGAGGUGCAAGAGUUGACCGGGCACUUGCAGGACUCCCAGCUCAACCUCACCAACAUGCAGGAAGAGGCGGAAGAGUACCGCGUAGCGGCCGAAGGUUUGGAAACUGAAAGAAAUUUCUACUUCAACAAGUUGAGGGAAAUCGAGAUAUUGAUCCAAAACGCCACCGAGGAACUGAGUGAGGAUGAAAAGUCCCCUCCUGUCUCGGUGGACACGUUGUUGACCAACAUCCAGGAGAUUUUGUAUAGCACAGAGGAAGGCUUCCAGAUACCGAACGAGGGCGAGGGAGACGACGUGAUGGACCAGGAAGACGAUUUGGAGACUUUUUAG